AUGUUUCUCGUGGUCGGAGGCGCUCUCGUCGGGCUUCUCCUCCUUCGCUGGAGGAUAUCCAAACCUACUCAGUCACUUCCCCUCCCCCCUGGACCGAAUGGCAUCCCGCUCAUCGGCAGCGUCAUCGACAUGUCCGACAAGCACCCUUGGAACAAGUUCCGCGACUGGGCCAGGGACUACGGCGAUAUCGUCCAUGUCAAUCUCUUUGGACAUUCCGUGAUCGUCCUGAACACCUGGAAGGCGACCGUCGACUUGCUCGACGGUCGUUCGUCCAAUUACAGCGACCGCCCCAACCUCCCGAUUGUUCCUCUGCUGGGCAUCGACUGGCACGUUCCAUUCAUGCCGUACGGGCCCCGAUGGCGCAAGCACCGUCGCGUGAUCCACCAGCUCGCGAACGACGCGGCGGUCAAGAAGCAGCUGCCGAUACAGCAGCGGCGGGCAAGGCAGCUUCUCAGGCGGCUUCGGGACGCCCCCGAAGCCUACGCCGACCACACACUUUUCUCGAUCGGGGCCGCGCUCAUGGAGACCGUGUACGGAAACCUGUCCGAGGCCAAGAUGGAGGAGCACCUCCACCUCGCCGAGAGCGCCACCCAGGCGCUCACCGAGGCCUUCCUCCCCGGCACGCUCGCGGUGCAGUACCUCCCCUUCCUGCGCUACUUCCCGUCGUGGAUGCCCGGCGGGCAGUUCCAGACGCACCUGCUCGAGCUCCGGAGCCGGGUGAACGCAUUCCUGAACAAGCCCUUUUACGAAGUCAAGGAAGCGAUGGCGAAUGGAUCCGCGGACUCGUGCUUCGUCACGCGGGGCCUUCGGGAUGCUGAGCACCUGAAAGACGCCGACCUCCGGGACGAAGAAGACCUGAUCAAGUACUGCGCGGCUGUCUCGCAGUCGACGCUGCUCACGUUCCUGCUCGCCAUGGUCCUCCAUCCGGAGGCGCAGCGCAAGGCACAGGCCGAGCUCGACGAGGACCGCGACGCGCUCCCGAGUGCACGCGCUGGAUCCCGUCGGCCGAUCGGCUUCCCGCACGGGUGCUCUGAGGAGGACGACUACGGCGGGUACCGGAUCCCCAAGGGCGCGACCAUCAUUCCCAACCACUGGCUAAUGCUGCACAACCCUGCGGAGUACCCGGACCCUGAGGCGUUCAACCCGGGGCGGUUCCUCCGGGACGGGAAGCCCGACGCGUCUGUCAGGGACCCGAACCUCGUCGCGUUCGGCUUUGGGCGCCGCAUCUGCCCAGGGCGCGCGAUGGCCGACGCGGCGCUCUUCAUCACCAUCGCGUCGAUCCUGCACGUGUUCGCGAUCGCGCCCGCGCGCGACGAAGCCGGGAACCCGAUCCUCCCGAGCCCGACGGACGUGACGUCGGCGCUGAACUGCCGUCCGAAGCCGUUCGCGUACACGCUCGCGCCGCGCUCGAAGGCGGCGGAGGCUCUGAUUGACGGGCUGUAG